UGAAGGAGAUGAACAGUUAUCGUGUGUCUCCUGACAGAAGCAUCAACAUCUUCCACUGUCUGAUGGAGAUGAAGGAUGACUCAGUCCAUCAGGAGAUCCAAGAGUUCCUGAAGUCAGAGAACAGAUCAAAGAAGGAACUCUCUGGGAUCCACUGCUCAGCUCUGGCCUACAUGCUGCAGAUGUCAGAGGAGGUUCUGGAUGAGUUGGACCUGAACAAGUACAACACAUCAUGGGAGGGACGACAGAGACUGAUUCCAGCUGCGAGGAACUGCAGAAAGGCUGUACUUUCUCGAUGUGGACUCUCAGAGACUCACUGUGAAGUCGUGGCCUCAGCUCUGAAGUCCAACCCCUCCCAUCUGACACACCUGGACCUGAGUGAAAACAGGAACCUGCAGGAUUCAGGAGUGAAGCUUCUGUCUGCUGGACUGGAGAGUCCAAACUGUAGACUGCAGACUCUGAGAUGGAUGUCCUCUUCUCAGUAUGGAUCUGCGUAUUACGAUGACUCUGAUUAUGAGUAUGGGGAUGGGUAUGGGUAUGACUAUGACUCUGAGCCUGAUUAUGGGGGUGACUAUGGGUAUGAUUAUGAGUAUGACUGAUGAGAAAGGUGUUUGUGUUCAGAGAUGAUCAGCUGAGUCCUGAGAUCAGCUCCACUGUCAGACACAAAGUCAAGUCCACCAUCAUCAUGUGUGUUCCUCUAGAUCAUGUGACAGAGGAUCAUCAGUGGAUCUGCUCUGCUGCUGCUCUGUCUUUCUUUGACUCAUUCAGUCUGUGGUUUCUCUGUAUUUCUUUGUUUUGCAGCUCCACACUGUUGGAUGAUGAACUGCCUUUAAUUUUCACAUUAUACUGUAUCAUGGAGGUUGAUGUCAGAGUGCACAGGUCUGCAAUUUAGGAACAACAACAGCCCACACACAGCAGAGAACAUGGAAGAAUGCGUGAUAUGUGAUUUAACAACAGCUGACAGCAGAUCUGUGUGUUUGAGUGUCAGGAUGCGGCAAAAGCUGUUGACCUCAUCUUUGAGCAGGAGAAGUUUGUGCCUAAGUAGUUCAAGUAACUCAGGUCAUAAUGCAUCAGUAACAAUAAAAUAAAAACACUGACAGGAGCCUUUGUG